GUUUGCAUGGGAAAGGCCCAUACGAGUUAAGACCUUCAACAGACCGGGAGAUUUAGCGGACACUUGUUUACUUGCAAUUAUACAGGAAAAAUGUAAGACAAUGGUGUUUUAUAAAGAAGAACCCUAGCAGGAAAAAGCAGGUGAGACUGGUUGAAGUGCCAUGUCAAAAGAAGGAUUGAUACGGAAGGUUUUGGCGGUCGUAGCGGUACUUGGAGCGAUUAAUCUGUUUGUAUUCCUUGUAUCAUGGAAAAGACUAAACACAAAACCUCAAUGUUCAUUUACUAGUUUUCUACAAAUGUCUGCGAAUUUCAUCUCUAGUAAUGGUCGACGCUCUGUAGCUGAACAUCUACCAGAUUCCUGUUCUCGCUCAUUUCUAGACCAGGAGGAAUCUUCUAUCAACAACUUCCGUAAAGCCAUCAGAGAUUUGAUUCACGAAUGCAAUUCAAGGAGGCUAUUGUUAUCGCCACAUCGGGAAAUCUCAAACCAGCCAAUUCUCACAUUAUUUACGUCAUGGAAAGACGAAAAACAUGUGCAAGAAGUUCAUAAAAAAACAUUAGCGAACUGGAGCAGAUUUUUACCAAAGUUUAACCUGGUUAUGUUUACAAAUGAUAGUGUUGUGUCGGCUCAAGCAAAGGAUUAUGGGUGGACAACGUAUCCUAUCAUGCAUCACGCCGCUGGUGGCGCCCCGGUCUUAAAGACCAUGUUUCAGACUGUCAUAUCUAACAUAAACUCAACAUUUUAUGGCUAUGCCAAUAGCGAUAUCUUAUUUACAGAUGCAUUAUCGGAUUCCCUUUAUUUGAUUGCAGAGAAAUUCAAAUCUCCGACAUCUGUGUUUAUAUCCGGUAUCAGGACAAAUGUAAUGAAUGUAUCCCUAAAAGAAGCUGCGUCAUUUCCAAAUAUAGCCGCAGCAGCCACGGUACGUGGCAAACUUUUCGAAAUCCAUUCUGCUGACUACUUUCUUACAACAAAAUGGUUUCCAUGGGCCGAUAUCCCCCCACUUGUGAUUGGUCGACGCGCUUAUGAUAACUACAUAAUAUCUCAUGCGCGAAAAAUUAAAGCUACCGUCAUUGAUGCGACGGAAACAAUUCCUGCCAUUCACCAGACGACAGCAAAAGGCAACCAGGAAGGUAUAACACGUCCGGAUGCAGAUUACAACGAUCACUAUCUUGUCAGACUUGGUAUUACUCCAAAAUACGAAAGCGGAUUCGUAACAUGUGCAGAGUGGAAAUUGUAUGAGUCCCUUUGCGGUGAUAUAGACAUUAUUCAUAGACAAUCAUUGCCAAAAUAUUGUGUUCAGUAGUUAACUUUAUAUGUUUUCUCUUUAUAAGAAUUUAUCGGUUCAUUCUAGACUGAUAGCUAUUGUGCUUUCACUUAUCAGAAUAUCCACAUGUUUUUAGUUGCAUACAAUGCUAAAACAAGCUUAUAUUUUUACGUUGUUUCAUCUUUUAAAUUGGAAGUACGUGUAUACUUUUGUAUUAUUUAGUCUAUGACAAUGCUUUAUUGUGCCAUGUUUGAACUGUAUCCCAUCGAAGUGUGAUCUGAUAAUAUAAACAUACAUUAUUACUUUUGUU